AUGGCUGAAAACAAUUAUCAUACAUGGUGCGUGGCGAAUAAUAAAGCGANCGAUGNNCANCUACAAGNGACUAUAGAUUGGUGUUGUAGCGACGCAGNAGGGUUCCGCAAUUGCACAGCGAUCCAACCUGGUGGAGAAUGCUAUGAUCCAAACACUCUAAGAGACCAUGCAUCGUACGUGAUGAACUCCUAUUUCCAUGACCUUGGUUCCACCAAGAAACAAUGCGAUUUCAGUGGUACUGGCUCUCUAGUUCAUACGGAUCCAAGCCAUGGUGCAUGUAAAUUCGAUACUUAUUAA